AUGACCACAGGACACAACAUCAAAGUCAUACCACUCGGGUUAAACGACCAAUUCAAACCCAUGGACAAUAUCCGCUCCCUCCUAUUCUUCCUCUUCCACGACUCUCUCAACCAUGAACUUCUCAAAUCCUCGCUGGACACACUCAUCCGGAAACACUUGCCCAUUCUCGGCGCCAGGUUACAUAGGAACAAAUCAACCAACUAUCUAGAAUACCACCUCCCACAACCAUUUCCAGAAAACUACAUCCUCUUCGACUGGUCCACCAGCACACACGACACAACCCUCGAAGCAGCAAGCCUGAUCCCGCAAUCCGUGCCCGCAGAAACGGGUCCGUCCUUUGGACCCCUUUCCAUCCCUGAAAUCGAAGCUCGAAUAACACCCCAGGGGUGGCCGGUGCUUCGAAAGGACGAAAAGCCCGGCUGUCCACUUCUAUUAGUUCACAUUGUGAAGUACACGAAUGGGACUGUACUUGCGCUGAACCUCCCCCAUUCAGUUGGCGACCAAAUGGGUUUUGGGAGCGUGGUCAGGGCAUGGCUGCAAGUUGCGUCUGGACAGGAACCAACUCCGUUUCUGGAACUCGACGCAGGCUCAUUGGACGGUGACCCUAACUUGUCGAGAAAGGAACUGAAAGUAAAGGGGAGAUAUCGCUUGAAAGGAAAGCGUGACACCCUCGGCGGCGUCAUGGGAAUGGUUCCAGAACUGAUGGUGAAUAAGAAGGAGAUUCGUAGGGUUUUAUACCUCCCUACCACACUAAUCGACAAUCUGAGAACGAAAUUCAACGAUAAGAUAAAAGAGUCCGGCAAACAGCUUACCCUUACAAACGGAGAUGUAAUUUCCGCCCUCCUCCUCAAGUUGACAUAUCUUGCUCGCAAAUCCCCAAAAUGGGUAACAUGCAGCUCAGCUUUAAAUGUCCGCGGACGCCUCCCGUCCCUGCCCCAAGAGAAGCCGUAUCUACACAACGCCGUUCUCUGGUCCUCAUUCCGCGUCCCCAUGACCAAAACCACUCCCCUAUUCGAUAUUGCUAUGGACCAUCGACUCUCCGUAAUAGAGGGCUUAAAGCCAGACACCAUAGUACGAAAUCUGACUGUGCUGCACGAAAUGGUUCGCCAGGGAGAGAGCAUUCACAUCAUUGAGCCGUGGGAGACGAGUUACGGCAUCACCAACUGGUGCGGUGCGUGGAGGGAUUUAGAUUUCAGGCCAGUUGUGCUCAAACCGGAUGCGAAUGGGAACAAAGCCGAACAACAAUACGGAUCGUUUCCCGUAGUGUAUGGCCAUUCGCUGGAGAGGAAGAAUCCUACGAGGUUUAAUGCACAAAUUAUGUGCAAGGUAAACGGUGGCUACUGGUGCGACUUUACGGCUUCGGUCAAGGCCAUGGCCGCGGUUGACUUGCUGUUUGAGGAGGAUCCGUCCUUGGAAUCAAUAUGA